AUGGUGAAGGUAGCAUUGUUGGUGGUUAUGUGCAUUGCAGCAGUAGGUGUGAUGUUAGCUCCCAAUGCAGAAGCAAUCAUCUCUUGUGGGCAGGUUGUUGAGAGGCUGAGCAUUGAAUACGUGAGGGAAGGUGGUGUUCUUCCAACAUCAUGCUGUAGUGGAAUUAAGACCCUCAAUGGCGAAGCUGCCACUACUCCUGAUCGUCAAGCGGCGUGUAAUGGUAUUAAAUCUACUGCUGCAACCAUCAGCAACAUCAACCUCGAUCUUGCUGCUACUCUCCCUACCAAAUGUGGUGUCAAUCUUCCCUAUAAAAUUAGCCCUUCCAUUGACUGCUCCACGGUGCAGUAA